AUGGCGGGAUUCUUGCACAGGCGUGGCUCUGAUAUCAUUCCUUCGAUUGAUUUCAAGGAUAUCCAUGCCGCACCGAAGACGUUCCGAGAUGAACUUCGAAAACGAGGUGUUGCUGUCAUCCGAGGCGUGGUCCCUGAGCAUGAUGCCAGAGCUUACAAAAAUGAGAUCGAGGAUUAUGUUAAGGCUAAUCCAGGAACAAAAGCAUUCCCUCCACAUGACCCUCAAGUCUAUGAGCUGUACUGGUCACAGCCCCAGAUGCGCGCACGUACACAUCCAAAUAUGCUAGAAGCUCAACGUUUCCUUAUGAGUUUCUGGCACUCGAACUCGCCGGACGCAAUGAUAUCUUCUACCCACCCCUUGACCUACGCAGACAGACUUCGUAUUCGCCAACCAGGGGAUGCCGGGUUUGCACUAGGCCCUCAUGUGGACGGAGGAGGCCCUGAAAGGUGGGAAGACAACGGCUAUGGUCGCGGUAAUGUUUACCAGAGAAUCUGGCAGGGGGAAUGGGAAAAGUAUGACCCCUGGGAAGCUAGUUGCCGAGUUCUAGCAGAGGCAGACUUGUACAACGGCGCUGGAGCAUGUUCAAUGUUUCGCAUGUUUCAAGCAUGGCUGGGCAUGUCUCAUACAGGACCUAACGAGGGAACGCUACUGGUCAACCCUCUGCUCUCUUUGGCGACGACUUACUUCCUACUGCGACCGUUUUUCGAGCCAAUUUAUACACCUCCUAAGGAAUGCUCUCGCAUGGCUACGGAGACCUUCCUGCAUCCAAGUAACUGGCGCUUGGAGAGAGAGACAUCAAGUAACCUGCAGGGUGCAACUCCGGGCUUCGCGCAGGAAGUCACUGCCACUCUUCAUCCUCACUUGGAGCUUGAGAAGACGAUGGUACAUGUUCCUAAGAUCGCCCCGGGUGACUAUGUAGCAUGGCACUGUGACACCAUCCAUGCCGUUGACCGUGUACAUAAUGGAACCGGCGAUUCGAGCGUUAUGUACAUCCCAGCAUGCCCCGUCACAGAGGCCAACGCCAACUAUGUCAAACGCCAGAGGAAUGACUUCCUCGAGGGUGUCCCUCCACCAGACUUCCCCGGAGGCAAGGGAGAAAGCGAGCAUCUUGGACGUGCCACGGAGGCGGGCUUGCGCAAGUCCACGAGCCAGCUUGGUUUGCGCUCCUUGGGGCUUACCAAGUGGGAUCUGAACGAUCAAUCUCUCACUCAAGGACAACGACUUGUCUUGGACAAAUCAAACAAGAUUCUGGGAUUCUAA